AAUGGAUUCACCUUGGAUUCGGUUGUAAAAUAAAUAAAGAGUUGCACUUUAUUACCUACAAUUUGAUUAUAAAUUCGAAAGAUGUUUGAUAAAUUGUCCUGUAUAUUAUGCUUGGAGAAAGGUAGUCCUUUCAGUGGCCAAAUAAAUAUAGAUUCUGAAGAGCUGCAGUCUGUGAAUGUCCGUGAAAUUAUCGAAAAGCAUUUCAAGGAAGAGCUGAGCAUGUUGGCAUACUUUUCAACGAAAGUUGUAUGCAAUCAAUGCUGGGAAUUGGUCCAAUCUUUUCAUGAAUUCUAUGUGCGUGUGCAGAACGCACACUUGGCAGCAAGUAACACUCUAAAAUCAUUACAAGAGCUAGAGAUAGCCAUUACAGAAAUAAAAACGGAGACUGGUGCAAUAGACCAGCUAGCAUCACCUCCAACCCGUAAGCGUGGCCGCCUUCGUCGUCAAAAGACGACUGAGGAUUCUUAUGAUCGUCAACCAAUUGCCUUAAAAGAAUGCAGUGUCAGAGUUGAACAACUGACAUUUCCAUAUUGCCAUAGUAGUAAAGACAGCCAGCAAGACAAAAAUAUAAAAAAUGGAUAUAUUAAGAUAGAAACAAUCCUAGAGGAGAAGACAGACUUAAAUUACCUACACAAAUCAUCUUAUGUCGACAGUGGUUUAAAGAACCCAAUACCCCCGCAAUAUGAAAAUGUUUUGGAGCAAUCUCUACCGCUAAAAAAGGUGUGUACUAAGAAAAAGGUAAAAAGAAAACUAACCAACCAAAAGAUAGAGCCAAAACAAACAAAAAACGCACCGCAUAGAACAUCUGAUGACCAGGAUGAAUUCAUUGCUCAACAUUUUAAAUUAGUCUGCUUUCUUUGUCAAAAAUCUCUAAUAGAUUUUAGAGAACUAAAAAUUCAUUAUCGCAAGCAACACCAAACCAAAGGGUAUGUAAAGUGUUGUGGAAAGAAAUUACUCUACCGAGGUGUACUCGUUGAUCAUAUUCAUGUUCAUAACAACCCAGAGUACUUCAAGUGCGAACAUUGUGGCAAACUGAUGUCCGACCGUAGAGGUCUCGAAACGCAUAUUCAAUUUUUCCAUGGGUCGAGAGAACGUAUUUAUCAUUGUGAUAUUUGUUCUAAAAGAUUUUUUCGUCGUGAAGUUCUUGCUCGACAUUAUCUUAUACAUGCUCCUGAUGAAGAAAAGAUCGUUAAGUGUACGCAAUGUGAGAAAACGUUCUGUAAUGAAUACAAUAUGAAACAGCAUUUAAAGCUGGUCCAUCUACAUUCCUAUGCAAAAAUAUGUGACAUUUGUGGAAAAUCCUUUCAUAGUGGUGGAGCAUUUCGCCGACACCAAGAAGAACAUUCCGGUUUACCAAAGUCACUGAUUAAGUGCGAAUUGUGUGACUCGGAACUUACGACAAAGUACGUCUUGGCUCGUCAUAUGAAAGUAAUGCACACCGAGAAGUAUCACAAACCCCAGGUUUGCCCCAUUUGCUCAAAAGUGUCACCAACUCUUCGGUCGCAUCAAACACAUUUUAAAUACAUGCACGCCACAGAAAAAAAACAUAUCUGCAAACUUUGUGACAAAGCCUUCAAAAGGCCCAGCCACUUGCGAGAGCACAUGACGACACAUACUGGUGAAGUUUUGUAUACAUGUACAUUUUGUCCCCAAACGUUUAAUUCCAACGCAAAUAUGUACGCUCAUCGUAAGCGGAAACACCCCACGGAAUGGGCAGAAAAAUGUACAAAAAAAAGAGGUUCUACUGGAACUGGACAACUAAUCCAAAAAGAUUUGGUAUCUGUAAUAGAAUCGGCAGAUGCAGAAGAAUCAAAAAAAUUUAUCUGCGUAAAGAAUUGCACUUUAUUAGCUACAAGUUGGCUACAAAUUCGAAAGAUGUUUGAUAAAUUGUCCUGUAUACUUUGCUUGGAAAAACGUAGUCCUUUCAGUGGCCAAAUAAAUAUAGAUUCUGAAGAGUUGCAAUCUGUGAAAGUCCGUGAAAUUAUCGAAAAGCAUUUUAAGGAAGAGCUAAGCAUGUUGGCAUAUUUUUCUACGAAAAUUGUAUGCAAUCCAUGUUGGGAAUUGGUCCAAUCUUUUCAUGAAUUCUAUGUGCGUGUGCAGAACGCACACUUGGCAGCAAGUAACACUCUGAAAUCAUUACAAGAGCUAGAGAUAACCGAUACAGAAAUAAAAGUAGAGUCUGAUGCAAUAGACGAGUUAGCAUCACCUCCAAAACGUCGUCGUGGCCGUCCUCGUCGACAAACGACGACAGAGGAUUCUUUACAUACAUUCCCAUAUAACAACAAUAGCAAAGAUAACCAGCAAGAUAAAAAUAUAGAAAAAAUAGAUAUUAAAAGUGAAAUAUUGCCAGAGGAAACGGCAGACGGAAAUUAUUCUUCGAAAUUAUCUGAUGACGGAAAUGAAUUAAUAAGUCCAACACUUCCACGUCCUAAAGACCCUCAAGAUGUAGUGCACUCUUUAACACCGAAAAAGAAGGUUCGUACUAAAAAACGGUUAAAAAGAAAACGAAGUGAGCAAAAGCGAGAGCCAAAACAAAAAAACAAACCACGGCAUAAAACAUCGGACUAUGAUGAAUACAUUGCUCAACAUUUUAAGUUAGAAUGCUUUCUUUGUCAAGAAUCUCUAACAGAUUUUAGAGAAGUAAAAAUUCAUUAUCGGGAACAGCAUCAAACAGAUGGAUAUGUAAAAUGUUGUGGAAAGAAGUUUCUUAAACGAGGUCUACUCGUUGACCAUAUCCACUUUCAUAACAACCCCGAAUAUUUCAAGUGUCAGCAUUGCGACAAAUUGAUGUCCGACUAUCGAGGGCUCGAAACGCAUAUUAAAAUUUUCCAUAGUUCAAGAGAACAUAUUUAUCAUUGUGACAUUUGUUCUAAACGAUUUUUUCGUCGUGAAGUCCUUGCUCGACAUUCUUUAAUACAUGCUUCAGAUGAACAAAAGAUUGUUAAAUGUACGCAAUGUGAGAAAACAUUCCGUAAUGAACACAAUAUGAGACAGCAUUUAAAGAUGAUCCAUCUACAUUUGGAUGUCAAAAUAUGUGAUAUUUGUGGAAAAUCCUUUCACAGUGGCCAAGCAUUUCGCCGACACCAGGAAGAACAUUCUGAUUUACCGAGGUCGCUGAUUAAAUGCGAAUUAUGUGAUGCUGAACUUACCACAAAGUAUGGUUUGGCCCGUCACAUGAAAGUAAUGCACACGGAGGAGUAUCAAACACCUCAGGUCUGUCCCAUUUGCUCAAAAGUGUCACCAACCCUUCCAGCGCAUCAAACACAUUUUAAAUAUAUGCACGCCACAGAAAAAAAACAUGUCUGCAAACUUUGUGACAAAGCCUUUAAAAGAUCGAAGGACUUACGAGAGCACAUGACGACACAUACUGGUGAAGUUUUGUAUACAUGUGCAUUUUGUCCACAAACGUUUAACUCUAACGCAAAUAUGUACGCUCAUCGUAAGCGGAAACACCCAACGGAAUGGGCAGAAAAAUGUGCGAAGAAAAGAAGUUCCACUGGAAAUGGACAACUAAUCCAAAAAGAUUUGGAAUCUCUAAUAGAAUCGGUGGAUGCAGAAGAACCAAAAUAAAUGUAAAAUCUUGAAUUUUAUGAUAAUUCAUUAGGUCUGUUCAUGUAAAAAUUAUCAAGUAUGUUGCCAGUAACUUAUUUAAAAAAGUAUAUGAACGCAAAACUA